CGGAAUAUACCAGUACGGUAUAUAGUGUGGCCUAACGUUUUUGUAAACUUUAAUUUUUUGACGUGCACCUAAAAAUGUUUGCAUUCAAUGCGACAAAAUUGAUUAGAAUUAAUAACAAAUGUCAUACAUGUUCACGUAUACGGACAUGUCAAUUUUCUGUCUUAACUGAAUCAGUAAUGAAACGAAAAGUGACGAAUACAUGCAGAGAAGUGUCUCGAUGUUUCUGUAAUAGAAGUGCAAUACAUGUCAUUUCAAAAAGGAAAUAUUCCGGAAGACCAAUGGUGACAAAUACAAUGGAUGAGGAGGAGUUGUUACAUUUCAAAUCUCUUGCCAAGUCUUGGUGGAAUGAAACUGGAGAAUUUGAGGCUUUGCAUGCAAUGAACAAACUUAGAGUGCCAUUUAUUCGUGAUGGUUUAUUGAAUCAUAGAGAUGAUUUAUCCGAUGAUCCUUCCCAGCCACUGCAGGAUCUCAGAAUUGUUGAUGUUGGGAGUGGGGGAGGUAUAUUAUCUGAGCCUUUGGCGAGACUUGGUGCAUUUGUAGUAGGACUGGACCCAGUUGAAGAAAGUACAAAGAUUGCUCAACUUCAUUUAGAGGAAGAUCCAAAUCUAUUACCAAAGAUUAAAUAUAUUACAGGCAGUGUAGAAGACCUUGUAAGUACAGAAUCAGAGAUGUUUGAUGCUGUUGUAGCCUCCGAGGUUGUAGAGCAUGUAGCUGACUAUGUCCAUUUUGUGGAGUCUUGUUGUGCACUUGUCAAGCCAGGAGGAUCUUUAUUUAUUACAACAAUGAACAAGACACAGUUAUCUCGGGGCCUUGCUGUAUAUGCUGCUGAGAGAAUAUUUAGGGUUGUCCCCGAGGGAACACAUGAUUGGGAGAAAUUUGUCCCACCAGAAGAUCUCCAGAAGGUGCUGGAAAACAACAACAUGAAUGUUCGACUUAUUCAUGGAAUGUUGUACUUGCCAGUGUUAAGGGAAUGGAAAUGGAUUAAAGAUAUAAGUAUAAACUAUGCCAUGCAUGCUGUGAAGGGAGAGCAUAAGGAUAGCUACAGUUAGCUGGCACCAUUGCUGUAAAGCUCUGGGAACAUUUUAAUACAUACCAUCAGAACAAUACACAAUCUACAGUCAUCAUCCGGUUAUUAAAGACAUGUUAAAAGCUGUCUUGACCGUAUAUUACGGAAGCCAUCAAGCUUCUCUGGAAAUAUCAUUAUGUUAAGGAAGAUAAUAUCUAAGCUUCUAUGCAGUUACUCUGUUCUGGCAAUAUAUGAAAGUUUUUGUAGUAAAAGUACUCCUUUAUAUUUUUAAUGACAUCAAUGAUAAUGACAUGACUUUUACAUAAGUAUGAAGCUGGGCUGGUUGGCAGAUUAAUGUGUAGUUGGACCAGACUGGGCUGCUAAAUAUGAGCACUUACAUUACAUUAAAAUGGACUUUUUCAUAUGGCAAGUUCUUAGAAAAAAUUAAGCAUUACAAUGGUUUAACCCUUAACCUGCUGAAUAUCUUAAGUAGACUCGGGGGUCACUCGGCCAUCUUUUUUGGAAAUGCCCAUUAUCAUUUUUGAAGAUAACAAGAUAAAAAUCUUAUGUUGUUUGGCAAACAGUAUAGGGCCUGAUCAGACAAUAUGGAUCUGAAGGCUGACCUGGCAUUAUACUGGUGGGAAAGGUUUUUCUGCUGGCUUUGAAAAAUUGUAAUACAGAUCUGUACUACAUUAUUAUAAUACAUGUAGUUAUACUGGAAGAAUUUUUUGCUAAUUAUAAAAAGUUAUUUUUCUUUAUUAUAAUAUAACUAGUUGCAAAACAUUCAGUUGGCAUUAAUGUUUGUUUGUUGUUGCGUUUUCAUGUUUGUUAAGCAUUUAUUUAAAUACAAAUAAAACUUGAGAAAAAAAAAAAUUAGUUUUAAGCUUGACUAUUUGAAGAAGAAAAAGGGCUACCCUUCUCAACCUUACAUCUGUGUAUCACCUGGUUGAAGUUUUGCAAGCAGAUUUUAUAUGUUAUUACCCAAUGGUUGUGUUCACUUGAGACUUUAUACAUGACUUUGGUAUAAAUGCAGGUCACUCCCAAAGAUGUAUAACUUUUGCACGUUUUUUUACAAAAAAUUAUAGCCCAAUGGAAACUUUCCAGGUUUAGAAUUUCUUACAAGAUCAACAACUAAAGGCAAUUACUAUAAUGUUGAUGUAUAUCUUUGUUUAUUAGAACUUUUUGUGAACAGAAAAAACUUCAUGUUUGUAUAUUUACAUGCAAGAUUUUUCUUUACAACAAAAUGAAAAUAUUGACAAAAAUCUAUAUACAUGCCUUGAGGAUCACUAUCCAAAACAAUUAACUGUAGGUUGGA